AUGGAAAUGAGGGAGAUUCCAGGUUCGAAAGUUAGAGCUGGAAGGGUUUUUAAAGAGCGCACGAGAGCGACGCAACUUUCGAGUGCAGCAAACGGUAAUGCUUCAACGAAAAGUAUCACAAUAGAAGAAAUUACCAAAGAGGAAGAAAAUCAAAAUAGUCGACGAAAAAAACUUGCGGUCAGUCGUAAUUUAAAAACACGGCUAUUGAAUUCCUAUGAUAAAAAACGACAAUUUAUACCAAUACCAAAAAAAUUUGACUUACGGCCAAUCGUAUUGGAACAGAUUGAUCAGUAUUUCAUUUGUAAAAUUUGCAAAGAAAUAAUGCGAGAUGCAACAGUAAUCCGAGAAUGUAUGCAUCGAUUUUGUGCAAAGUGCAUAAAUGAUCGAAUAAAAAGUGGAUUAAAUAAAUGUCCUUCAUGUGAUCUUCUUUUUCCCAAAAAAUUUUCCCUAAAAAGCGAUCCUUCUUUCGAUACUAUCAUUCGUCAGGUUGAAAUGAAUGUAGAUGCUCGUAUGUUGUCCAAUCUUGCAUCUCGAGCUCAGUCCGAAAUAUCUGAACCACCUCUAAUGAUUGAUGAAAACUAUGAUUCUUCACAUGAUCCCAUUUCUCAGAUAGAAUCGACUGAAGUUAUUUCUAAAGAAACUAGCAGUUCGAAUAGACAGGGUAUGUCUUCAACACAAGAGUCUGGUGAUUUAUCAAAAACGAAUAAUCAAAUUUCCCAAAUAGAGCAUCCAGUUCCAUUAAAUUUGCUUAAAAAUAGUAUUAAUGCUUCUGCUGAUUUUCUAUUGCACGAUAAGCAAAGGCUGUUAAGCGGUAUAGAAACGGAGCUCAUUUUGUAUCCUGAUGCGAGUAUCUCAUCAGACAGCAUUCUUAGACAUAUUGCUAAAAUUCGUUUUAUAGAAGUGCCUUCAGCUAUUACUGGUAAUUUAUAUUUUAUUAUCGAAAACGGUGUCAUUUUGCAAAAGCUUCUUCUCCCGAGAAAAAUAUCCUAUCAAACCAUUUUACAGUCUGUCGAUUUUGAUUCAUACAUACUUGUUUAUGUUAUUUCAGUUGGUCAUCUUAGAGAAUUUUUAUAUUCAAGAUUGGCGUUAGAAUCCGGUGACAAGGAAAUCAGCGAGAAAUAUCAGAUCGUAUUUUAUGCACUUCAUUCGGAUUUCCCAAUUGAAAAAGUUAUUGUUGUUAGUCAGAAAAGUGGAGGUCAAUUCGUUGCAAUAAAUGUUCGCGAGCCAAAUACAGAUCCUAGUGGUGUUUUUUGA